UAAUAAGGUGGUUAUCACAAGGGUAAUGAGUUGCCAUACAUUAUGAGAUGAACAUCUGGAGAUGGUCUGUCUUCAUAGUACUUGCAUAGUGAAAGGAGAAGUUCUAAAUUGCGUUGUUUGUAUAGACGAAAGACACAAAGGUCACAAAAUGAUCCCCCUGUAGAAAUUACUUAAUCUAAUAAAAAAACAAGAAUCUUUAAUCAUGUUAGUAAUUAUUACAUAAUUUACAUAAUCAAGAACACAUUUCAUUAAUCCUAACACUUGGAGAUGCAAAUUGGUCAAUUAAAUAAAUUGUAAGAACAAAUUAAUUAGGCAAUAUAAAAACAACGAGAAUUAAUUGAAUAGCAAGUCAAAUUUGAUAAAAGUAUGUAGGCAUCUUAAAUUUAGUUAUUAUUUCAUACUAACUUAUAACAUCAAUUAAUGAAGAAAAACUGUUAGGCUAACUUAUUUAAAAAUUAUUACUCAAGCUUGAAUACAAUCCAAGAGCUUAAUAAUUAAUUACAAGAACUGAGUCAUUAAAAGAAGAAUAACCAUAAAUCAAUCAAUUCUUGACUAAUUUAAUAAGUUUCAAAGAUACAUUGAAAAUCUCAAAUCCAGAUACUUAAUUAGUACAAGCCUCAAGAACAAGUAGUACCUAUAGGUAAAAUAGAAAUAAUUCAAUUAACACUGAAGGCUAUAGAACUAUGAGAUCAUUUGAUCGAUCUCCCUUAUCUCCUUAACAAUUUGAAGACAGACUUUCUGUUACAUAAUCUUUAUCUAAUCAAUAUUAUAGACCUAAUUCAUAGGGAAAAUAAAUUAUUGGAGAACCUAGUCCACCUCCUCCUAUGAAAGAAAUUACAUAUAAAUUUCAUUCUGAAUAUCAUGGUGUUGGAGCUUAAAUUAAGGGAAAAUUGGUCAAAUAAAUUUUAAAUACUGAUGGCAAUUUAGCUUUGAUAGGCCCAUCUAUAUAUGGUAAUGGUUUGAUUCGAGAUAGUAAUCUAAAAUUAUUGAUCAGAUCAUGUUAAAAUUAGAAUAUUAGAUAUCCUAUGGCUCUUGGAGUAUGUGAUUAAAAAAGAGUUAAAGAAAAAUAAUAUCAAAAAGAUUCAGAUGGAUGCUAUUUUCUCAACUCUUAUGGUUAUAUAACUUGUGAGAAUUAGACAAAAAUUAAAUGUGGCAAACGCUUUUAUAAUGGAAGUUAUGUAGAGUUGAAGUUCAAGCCUUUUUAAAGUGAGUUGCAUAUAACAAUUGAUGAUGGAGAAGUCAUAAUAAUAAAAAUUACAUUAAAUUAAUCUAAAUUGAUUUAUUUUGCUGUUAGAUUAGGAGAUUUACAUGAUGCUAUUGAUAUUCUAUGA